AUGGAAGAUCCUUCAAAACAACCAAUUAUUGGCCGUUCUUUUGAAGAGGCACGAUCAAAUAUUGAUAUUUCUGGUAUUAAUCGUUAUAAUCCUACACAAGUUGCACAACUAGAAUAUGUUGUCCAAUUGAUGAUUUCUGAAACCAAAUAUGACAAGGAUAUUCUUAUGACUCUUUUAAAGCUUUACCAGUUAAAUCCACAUCUUUAUAAUGAAAAAUAUGUUUGUUUGGUUUUGCUCAAAACUAUGACAAAUUUUCCUCGAAAUGAUUUUGCACUGGCAAAGUAUUUGUUAGAGGCUGAUAAAGUUAAUUCUUUGGAAGUCCGUCGCGUUAUCUCGAUUGGAGCUUUACUCGAAUCUUGCAAUUUUGUCAAAUUCUGGCGUUUAUUGAACGGACGUUCUAAACCUUUGGACUCUUCUGACGACUCAUUUUCUCAAUCUAAUGAUAUUAAACAAAUUGUUGAGUCAAUUAAAGGAUUUAAAGAAGCUAUUAGAAAUUAUGCUUGUCAAGUAAUUAGUGUUACAUAUCAACGUAUUUACAAACAAAAUUUGGUUAUGUUGUUGGGAGAUAUUGAUGAUAAAGAACUCGCUUUUUACGUUUCUCAUUUUCGUUGGAGAAAAGUUGAAGACGAGGAUGUUUAUUUUAUUCAAAAUCAUGAGGAUACAAUUAAAAGUCGAAAUAUUGAAGAAAAACUUCAAUUUGAACGUAUUUUCUUUAUUUUUUUUUAA